CCUCUCCCAUUCUCAACCCUCUCUCUCGAUCUCCCUCUCUAGGAGCUAGGAAGUUGAAUUUUCUCUCGAGGUUCACCAAGAACAAGCUUAGUCUCAAAUAGAAGUCGACAAUCGGAGUCGAGUUCGCAUGGCAUAGCUUGAACAUCAAUGGGAAGCUCAUCAAAGCUUAGAUUUGGUAUACGACAUGGUAAGAGAGGUUGGCUUUAGAGAUAUCUCUAAUCUAAUUCUUGUUCGAUUGGCAUAAAUGGAUCCAAUGGGUGAAGAACAAUUAGAUUAUGAGGAUGAUGAAUAUGGGGGAAGUCAGAAACUACAGUUUCAAGGUAGCGGAGCGAUCUCUGCACUUGCCGAUGAGGAGCUAAUGGGGGAAAAUGAUGAGUAUGAUGAUCUUUACAAUGAUGUGAAUGUUGGUGAGGGUUUCAUGGACAUCAUCCAGGAGCAAAUAACGAGGGUGUUGUUGGAGCGCCUAAUUGUCAACCAACCCCAUCCCUGGGGUCUUCUCAUCACUUUCAUUAAUCUUCAAUGUUCAAAGAAGAUGGAAGUUGUUGUAGUUAAUUUUUUUUCCUCUUGUUUUCCUUUGAAUACAGCUUCUUCAUGA